CGACAAUUUUUGUUCAUUCGUAAGACUCCACGCGCUGUCCGCCAUAUUGAAUUUGGGAAUCGAAGAAUGCGACAUUGAAGGGUGAAUAUGAUUUGAAACAGUUUUUAAAUACUCAUUGUGACGAAAAUAACAGAAAUGGCAGAUGAUCUAGACGUAGAAGCACUUUUAGAAGCUCCAUACAAAAAAGAGGAUGAUGGUGGAAGAUCAGAAGAAUCCAGAGAAAAGGAGAGCAGAAAGAAGAGGAGCAGAAGUAGGGAAAGGGACAGGGAUCGAAAGAGGGAUAAAGAUAGGGACAGAGAUAGAGAUCGCAAACGCAGCAGAAGUCGAGACAGGAAAGAUCGUGACAGAAGGCGGAGUCGGAGCAGAGACAGGGAUAGAGACAGAGAAAGAAGUGACAGGCGUAAACGCAGUCGUAGUAGAGAUCGUGAUCGCGACAGAAGAGACCGAGACAGGGGCAAUGACAGACAUCGUGAGGACAGACGUGCACGUAGCACCUCCAGGAGCAGAGACAGGAAGAGAACACCAACACCUAUUAGACUUAUGACCAGAGAAAGUCAUGAAAAUGGUGUUCUACGUUUGACAAGAGGUGCUGAUGAGGAUCUGACCCCAGAAGAAAGAGAUGCACGCACAGUGUUUUGUAUGCAGUUGGCAGCCAGGAUUAGGCCCAGAGAUCUAGAAGAGUUCUUUUCCUCAGUUGGGAAGGUACGAGAUGUGCGUAUCAUCACAGACAACAAAACACGGAGAUCCAAGGGCAUUGCCUAUGUGGAAUUCUACGAGUCUGACUCUGUACCUCUAGCCAUUGGUCUAAGUGGCCAGCGGUUGUUGGGCGUACCAAUCAUAGUCCAGGCCUCUCAGGCGGAGAAGAAUCGGGUAGGCCAGACGGGGACAGCUCUCCAGGGGAAGAGUGCCGCAGGACCCAUGAGGCUCUAUGUGGGCUCUCUUCAUUUCAACAUCACAGAGGACAUGUUGAGAGGAAUCUUUGACCCAUUUGGAAAGGUGGACGAUAUCAAGUUGAUUAAGGAUCCCCAGACAGGAAGAUCCCAGGGAUACGGGUUUGCUACAUUCCACAAUGCAGAGGAUGCACUGAAAGCCCUCCAGCAGUUGAACGGCUUCGAGCUUGCAGGGCGUCCUAUGAAGGUUGGUCAUGUGACUGAGCGUACAGGCGAGCCAGGCACAGGUGGUGCUCUGGACAGUGACGAGAUGGACAGGGCAGGGAUUGACCUCGGUGCCACAGGGAGGCUACAGUUGAUGGCAAAACUGGCAGAAGGUACAGGUUUCCAGAUCCCCCAGUUUGCUGCCAAUGCUUUGAACCUGACCCAGGCUCAGUCAGCCCAGCAGGCCGCCCCACCCAUAGCCACACAGUGCUUUAUGUUGUCUAACAUGUUUGACCCUAUCACAGAGACCAACCCCAGCUGGGAUCAGGAGAUCAAGGAUGAUGUGAUAGAGGAGUGUAAUAAGCAUGGUGGGGUGAUCCAUAUCUAUGUGGACAAGGCCUCUCCUCAGGGGAAUGUGUAUGUCAAGUGCCCCAGUAUAGCGGCUGCAGUGGCCUCGGUCAAUGCUCUCCAUGGGAGGUGGUUUGCAGGUAAAAUGAUAACGGCUGCCUAUGUCCCGCUACCAAACUACCACUCACUGUUCCCAGACUCGCAACGCACCAUGCAGCUUCUUAUGGGAUCCUCUUCAGGCAGCGGGAACCAGUUUGCUCCAGUAGGAAUGGGAAUGAAUCCUUUAGGAUCACUGUCAUAGCAUUCCUGCAUGCUGUUGUGGACUUGUUUGAAAAAGAAGAGGGUGUUAAGAUGUACAGUGAUAUGGAAGAGGAUUGUACAUAAGCAGUUGUAGCAACUUAACUAGUUGUAGCACUGUCUAAACACAGAGACUGUUCCUGAUCGAAUUAAUAGGCUUCUCUAAAACAAAUGUUGAAUGAGGAGAAAUGAGUUGUUGAAUGAUUAAAUCUCAAUAUAUAAAAUCUGCAGUUUUUUUUUUUAGCAACGAUGGUAUCAUUAUCAUGGACACAUUGAACUGAGUUCUAAAUACUCACAAGAUCUGGGGAACUUAAUUUAAAAGAGACAUGGAGAACAUAUGAACUUGUCAGAGUUGGGUAGAAAUUCUUCCAAGUUCUAUAAAAAUCUUGCAUUGGAUAUACGUGAAAUAUGUUUUUGAACAGCCAGUGAGGUUCACUUUAACAUUUACCUGUCUAAAUUUAGCUGUUAAACAGAAGAGUAAAGGAAACCAAUCGGACCUGUUGCGUUAUUGAUAGGGACUUGUUUUACUUUGUUGUAUUUUAAGGAUUUCACCUGCAGGGGACAAAAAAAAAAGUUUUUUUUUUACCCCCUAUUGAUUAAGACCCUGAUACCGCUUUAUGAGUAGAAACCAAAAUUUGUACAAGGUCAACCACCAGGGUUCAGUAUUUGAAGCUGAUAAUUUCACUCAAGUAUAGGAAAAUGUGAGUAGAUCUAGAGAUUAUGACCUGCCCAACCACACGUCGGGUUGUAUUUAAUACAGAAAUUGUCAUGUUGGCCUUCUUGUAUUUGACUUUUAGUGAAUAGUGCAACUUUUUUUUUCUUGGCUAGUGAUAUUUCAAGUUAUUCAGUGUUAUAAAUCCUUAUCAUUUGAUUUGUUUUAUGUUUGAUUUGAUAUGAUCAGUAAAGUUUUAACCUAAAAGCAAGAUUUAUGUUUUAGAAUUGUUUCCAGUCCAAAGGUGUGUUUUAAUUGAAAAGAACAGUAUGACGGCUUUACUAACCAAGUUCUGUUCGAGAUGUUUAUUACUAUUAAGAGAAAUAAAGAGGAUUAUUCAAGAUAA